UGAGGGGUGGGGAAAUUUUGAAAGUUGGAUCCUGUAGACCCGGUACUGGAAAAGUUUUCUGUGGGAGAAGUUGUGGGGCAGUGGGUGUGCUCAUUAUUCCUGCUGCCUCCCGGCCCGUGAAUAUUAAUAUCGAAGUAGCCGGUUCUUUUUUUUGUGGGAUCUGAAGUCAUGAGUAACAAGAAACUAAGACGAGUGGGUUUAUCGCAAGAACUGUGUGACCGUCUGAGCAGACAUCAGAUUGUGACCUGUCGGGACUUUUUAUGUCUUUCCCCACUGGAGCUUAUGAAGGUGACUGGCCUGAGUUACCGAGGCGUCCAUGAACUUCUGUGUGUGGUCAGCAGAGCUUGUGCCCCACAGAUGACAACGGCUUAUGGGAUAAAGACACAAAGGUCUGCUAAUCUCUCACCAGCUUUCUUAUCCACGGCUCUCGCUGCUUUGGAUGAAGCCCUACAUGGUGGUGUCGCUUGUGGAUCCCUCACAGAGAUUACAGGUCCACCAGGUUGUGGUAAAACUCAAUUUUGUAUAAUGAUGAGUGUGCUGGCUACAUUACCCACCAACAUGGGAGGAUUAGAAGGAGCUGUUGUGUACAUUGACACAGAGUCGGCAUUUAGUGCUGAACGACUGAUUGAGAUAGCAGAAUCCCGUUUUCCUAGUUAUUUUAACACUGAAGAAAAAUUACUUUUGACAAGUACCAAAGUUCAUGUUUACCGAGAACUUACCUGUGAAGAAGUUCUACAAAGGAUUGAAUCUUUGGAAGAAGAAAUUAUUUCAAAAAGAGUUAAAGUUGUGAUUAUUGACUCCAUUGCUUCUGUGGUCAGAAAGGAAUUUGAUACACAACUUCUAGGCAAUAUGAAAGAAAGAAACAAAUUUUUGGCCAAAGGAGCAUCCUUAUUAAAGUAUUUGGCUGAGGAAUUUUCGAUCCCGAUGAAGGGGAUGAUUUAAAAUACAUAGAGGACACUUCAGAUGAAUCAACUCUCAGUAAUUACAGAAUGCCAAGAUAAGAAUAGAGGUAUUAUGUUUUAUUUUAUUAAGUAUUGAAGGUAAUGGGGUAAUCCAAAGUAUAAUAUCAUCUGGAACAUGGACAAAACACCAUGAAUUCUGUACUAAUUGCCAUGUGUUACUUUUCAUCAUUCCUUUGAGAAAACCUUUUGCAAUAGAGUUUGACUUCAUUUUCUAAUCCAGGUUUCAAAAUAACAUUUCCAUCUGACCUGGUAUUUUAGUGGGCCGGGAAAUUAGCAUGAGAGAGCUUUGAUUUUUUAAAAUGUGUUUCUCAAGACUGGAAAUAUCUUAGGUUGCCAAAAAAUCUUUUAUGAUCCAGUAAGCAUAGUUGUAAGACAAUACGUCAUCCAGAAUUUUAAAGAUGAAUGUAAGCAGGAAGUUUUGCAUAUUGAAGUCCGCAUCGAAAAAGAUACAUUGUAGCCUUUUACAGACUCUGAUUUCCCCAAAGCCCGGGUCACUUAUCUGUAAAGGUCCAUAGUAAGCAUAAAUUUAUUAUUCAGGAUUAUUUAAGAUUUUAAGUCCAUACGCUUUCAGGAACUCUUCAGUUGUUUUCUCAUGUUUCAUUGAAGGACAUUUAAUAUACAGGUUUUCUUAGUGUGGCCUUUCAUAAGUACCAUCUGGGCAGUUGUCUCGGUUGAUUAUUUGUCUCUGAAGGCCUGUUCUAACUGCAUUUAUCUGUACUUACUGAAUAGCUCCUCAUUACUCAGCACACGCUUUAGUGAAGAGAUUCUGAGGAGUAACGGCUGACGUUCUCCAUACCGUGGUCUGUCUGCGUGUAUGUGCCUGUGGAUAACUCGGCAACCUCUUCCCCAGCAAAGUAACAGCCAGUGUGGUUCAGCCAAAGUCUAGAGGAAUGAAGUAACUGAAGAGGGAGGUUUUUUCCCCUGGAUAAUGCUGAGUGACACUCUCCUUGGGUUUUUUACUGAAUUGCUCAGGUAGUAGGUUGUAUUUCAUUGGCGUGGUAGGUAGUAAACACAAAGAAAACAACCACCAACAAAUGGGAAAUACCAGGUAAUUUGGAUGAUCUACUUUCUUGCCACAGUAUACAGCUAAGCACUUUUCCUGUGUAAUUCAAAAAUGUAUGCUUAGAUCAGAAUCUGAUUUAGAGGGUAUGAAAACAUGUUGUCUAUUUUUUCCAGUAUCAGGUUUAAUAAAAACUGGCAAUACACUAAUUUUUUCACAGAGAUGGGUUAGAAUAUUUUAUAUGCUUGUCAAUUUUUUAAAUAUAGAGUUCUCUGAGGCUUAUUUCUACUUAGAAGGAGGUACUGUGAUUCACCAAAUUGUGUGAAUUAAAGGCAUGAUCAAGGAACAGGGCAUUAAAAGUCAUGGCCCUGCAGUAUUGGAAGUGCUUUGAUCUUUUGUUUUGACACGUUAAGUUUAUCUUUAAUUAUAUGUGAUGACAUUUGAUUACUAUACACUUAGACUAUUAUAAUGUGGUUUGUAAAAUGUAGUUUAUAGUAUGUAAUAACUUCAGCACCCAUAUUUCUAUACUUAGGAGUUUGCAGAGUGAUGUUUUAGUUUUGUUUAAGUGUGAACUAUUAGACCUCUGAAUUAGCAGAUAUUUAAAAUGUAAAAUAUUUAGUACCCAGGCAAAGUAUGAUUUCUGUGCAGUAAGGGCUAUGAAUGUUUCCUGUGUCACCUGGUGUUUUAUGUUGUGAA